AUGGCUGCGAGCAUCCUAUCAGCCACUCGGAACCCAGGCGGCAGCACAAGAACCCUCCUACUUGUACUCGCCCGCGCCCAAGAAGUAAGCUGCCAGUCGAUCGACCGACGAAUCACCGCCCUGCUCUCGUCCCCGAUCAACCACUUCUUGCGAUCGAUCAAACAGAACCUCUUCCAAUCCUUCAGCGCACUCUCCUCUCAUGAGCCAUCACCCACAAGAACAUCGACCAUCGAUCCGUACUUUUUUUACGACUUCGGGGGACUCUUGAAAGCCGUGCCGAAGAAAAAGGUCUCUCAUUCCAGGAAGCGGAUGCGCUCGGCACACAAAGGACUCCAACCCAACCUCAGUUUGGGAGUUUGUCCAGCUUGUGGUGAACCUAAGCGACAACACUUCCUAUGUCUCCACUGUUAUGCAGAUAAAGUCCUCGAACGCAGCAAGAGUAUCAAAACACCUUGGGAAAAGGGCAUCACUCCUUGA